AUGCUCGACAUCAAACAGACUAAGCCGAUUCGUCGGGCGGCCGGCGAAGUAGGAACUCGCUCUGCGAAUCUUCGCUAUGUUUAUCUUCUCACUGCCUUCGUCUCCAUUGGCGCAUUGCUGUUUGGCUAUGACCAAGGAGUUAUGGGCGUUAUCGUAGCGGAUGCUAGGUGGAACUCCUUAAUGAGGCCGGCCAACAGUUGGGUUACCGGAGCGGUAGUCUCACUCUACGAUAUUGGAUGUUUGAUAGGCGCACUGUCUAUCGGAUUCCUUGCCGACUACUGCGGUCGCGAACGGACAUUAUCCAUCGCAUGUGCUGUUUUCGUCGUCGGCGCUGUACUACAAUCUGCAUCCUAUAACAUCACUUCAAUUACAAUUGGACGAGUAAUUUUAGGAUAUGGUGUUGGCACAUGCGCUGGUGGUGUUCCUCUCUACGUUUCUGAGAUCGCUCCAGCCAAGCUUAGAGGCCGAAUUAUUGGAAUUGAGCAAAUGAUUCUGUGCUUUGGUGAAUUAGUAGCUUUCUGGUUGAAUUAUGGAUUCAACUUUCUGGAGACUCCAGACUGGUGGCGCAUUCCGCUUGCCAUCCAAGUUAUCCCAGCGGUCGUUUUAGCAAUUGGUUGUUGGUACUGGGUACCGCCCAGCCCCCGCUGGCUGGUGCAGCAAGAUAGACACCAAUGCGCUCGCGAAGUACUUGCUCGACUUCAUGGUGAUGAGGCUGCUGAUCGACAAAUGGCUGAAAUAGCUGAAGAAGUCGCAUUCGAAAAGGCCGUGACUACAGCGACAUGGGGCGACAUGUUCAAGCCGCCAGUGUUACGAGUCACGCUACUCGCAAUGGGUGUGCAAUUCUUCCAGCAAAUUACGGGGACCAAUUCAAUUCUUUACUACACCCCAUCACUCUUCGAACGUGGAGGGAUCACCGACCCCAAGACCGCGAAUCUCGCUACGGGAGGUGUCGGCAUUGUCUUAUUCGUCUUCGCUUGGAUCCCCAUCUUCUUGUUCGACCGCCUGGGCCGCAAGGUAUGGUUGCAGAUAGGACUUUGUGGAAUGUGCUGUGCGAUGAUAGGCAUAACUGUCCUACAAUGGCACGCUGAAGGUCACCCUGGGGACAAUGGGAACUACGCAAUUGUCGCUUUCCCCUACUUGUUCUACGUAUUCUUCAACAUAAGUUGGGGAGUCGGAAGUUGGACUUAUGCUACAGAGAUUUUCCCGGUCAUGUACAGGGCAAAGGGUAACGCGCUCUCGACUGCGAGCCUAUGGCUUAGUUGCUACGUGGUUGCGCAGGCGAGCCCCCCUAUCGCAUCAGCUAUUGGCUGGGGUCUCUACAUCAUCUACUCUUGCAUCUGUGUGGUAGCAUUUGUGUUUGUGCGAUACGCAAUGGUGGAAACGAGAGGCAAGACACUAGAGGAGAUGUCUGCGCUUUUCGGUAUUGAAAGCACAUUGGCGAGGAGGAGUGGGGUAGAGGUUGAUGGUAAAGGGGGAGUCGUCCAUAUUGAGGAGACUACUAGAGAUGAAGGUAGCUGA